AUUUGUGUAGAGUUUGACGAUGAGCCAUGGGAAAAGAGAAGAUGGAUAGAAGUCUACAGCCAUAAAAUGAAAGUGUUUCUGGUGGAGCAAAAGCUGGUACUGGCUGAAAGAAAAACUUCAGGCAAUUCUGUGCCUCCUGUCCAGUGGCCUGCAAUGACUUACAAAUCCUUAGUGGACAAAGCUGGCUUGGGAUCAAUGGUUUCGGUACGCUAUCUCGGUGAAGAGAAAUGUGUUUUUCUUUCUAAAGACCUUUUGACACCCAUUCAGGAUGUGGACAGUUCCAGGCUUCAUCUUAAGGAUGAUCAAAAUGUUAAUGAAGAAAUUCAGGCUUUGGUUAAGAAACACCUGGACGAAACACGCUUGGUACAAGGUGGGAAAAAUAUCAUUGGUUCAAAAAUUAGAAUUUAUAGCCUGGAUCCAUCUACUCAGUGGUUCACAGCAGUUGUUGUCAAUGGUAAUCCAGCUACAAGAACUCUAGAAGUCAACUGCCAGGAGAUCCCAGCUUUAAAAACCCUUGAUCCAGAGUUAAUUCAUGUUGAAAUUAUAUAUGACAACAAUGGAAAAUGUGAUAAACCUAAAAGAAUUGGAGGCGUGAAGAGGAAGUCGUCUGAGAAUAGUGGAAGUGUUGAUGCUAAACACACAAAAUCUUCUGAGGUAGUUUCUCCCAGCCAGGGACAUGUGCAGUCGGUACCAACUGUGUUGGGUGAAGCGUUGCUGGGAUGUACUCCUGCUAACAAAGACCAAAGGCAUCAAGGCCUGCCCCUGCCAGCGAACUCGCCACCCAAUCUUGGUGCAGAAACUCCUCAGGGCACAUGUAGACGAAGCUUACCAGAAACUCAUCCUUCUUGUCUCAGUACUGGAAUUAAGCCACUGAAGGAAGAUCUGACAGCCUUUCCUAAAGUGGGGUUUAUAUCUACAGAAAAAACACAAAAUCUUAGUGAUCAAAAUGGUAAAUAUACCUCUUUGACAAACUUGAGACCUUCAUCUUUGACUGGUUCAGCGAAUGAAAAAGGCACCAACCUGAAAAAUACAAAUGAACCUUUUAUGAAGCCCCCAACAAACUUUCCAAAAGAAUGCGUUUCUGCAAAACAGUUGCAACAUCUUAACUCUUCCGUAGCAGUACCCAGAGUCAGCAGCACUUUUGAACUGCAGCGGACUUUGGAGUGUAGACCCUCAACCUCAGAUGCUCAUCUUCUCCCUUUUACUGAGUCUGGAGUUAAAUCGCAAAGCAAUUGCAACGGCCAGAACAGCCACAAGGGAAACAAGAUCGAUGAACUUGCAGACGUGGAAUUUUUCAUUAGAAGAAAUGAAAGUGAAAGCUUUUGGACUGGAAGUACCAAGGUGCAAGAUAAUAUAAUUGUUCGCAAGUCAAUUUUAGCAGAUGCUGCUAAAGUGAAGAAGCUGCAGCAAAGUGGAGAAGCGUUUGUACAGGAUGGCUCCUGCAAUAAUAUCGCACCUCACUUGCAUAAAUGCAGGGAAUGCCGCUUGGACAGUUAUCGGAAGAACAAAGAGCAAAGAGACUCCACUGUCUUUUGUCGAUUCUUUCACUUCAGAAGGUUGCAGUUCAAUAAGCACGGGAUACUGCGUGAGGAAGGCUUCUUAACUCCAAAUAAAUACGACCCGGAGGCUAUUAGCUUGUGGCUUCCUUUAUCGAAAAAUGUCGUGGGUUUAGAUCUUGACACAGCGAAGUACAUCCUGGCCAACAUCGGAGACCACUUCUGUCAGCUAGUGAUAUCUGAAAAGGAGGUUAUGUCUACAAUUGAACCACACAGACAGGUAGCCUGGAAGCGUGCGGUUCGUGGGGUUCGAGAAAUGUGUGACGUGUGUGACACCACCAUCUUCAACCUUCACUGGGUCUGCUCGAAAUGCGGCUUUGGUGUUUGUGUGGAUUGUUACAGGAUGAGGAAGAAAAGCUUACCUAAAGGUGAGGAUGCGUAUUGCUGCUUCUGA